UGUAGUUCACAAGAGGAAGGAGGAGGGAUGGUUGUAGUUCAAUAAGCAACUUCCUGAUGAGAAGCUGGAGAGUGUGUUCCCAGUGAGGAGCCUGAAUGAGCACAGAUUGUCAUGGAGCGAUCUUCCUGAGCACAGACAUCUGACAGGACUUUACAGGCCAGCUUUAUCGAUAAACUUCAGCAAGUGAACAAAGUCCAAGGAUUAGAAGGAGGACCUCUUGAUGGAGAAUCGGACCCCCAUCACAAGUUCGGGAACAGACAUCAGGGCCGCUCAGAGAGAAGUCAAACCUGAGGAGGAGGAAGAAGGACUUGUGAGGAUUAAAGUGGAGGAAAUCCCUAUACAGAUCGGCAUUGAUCCUGGAGGCACCAGAGAGACUUCUAGAUAUCUCAAAGCUGAGGAUGAGCCGGAAGAAGACAUGAAAUCUGAAGAAGAAGGAGGAGGAGGAGGAGAAGAAGAAGAAGAAGAAGAGGAAAUUCCUUUAGAGAUUGGAACAGAUGGACAAUACAAUCAGAUAAACCAAGAGGUCCAUCAAACUAUCUCUCCAGGAGGUGAAAUAGACUAUAAUAGUGAAACAUUUGAUUCUUCUGAAGAAAACCCUAUUCUCCACCCAGUACUUCAAAGUGUUCAUCUAUCACCUGACCCCUCUACUCUAAAUGGGUGUUUUCCUCAUCCUUCUCCUCUGAUCAUCCACCAUGGAUCUCAACGGGAAGGUACAAUUUAUUCCAAGCAUGGUGAAUGUUUUGCCCGAAAGGAGGACCUCACUUCACGCCAGAGAUCCCAGGAACGAGAGAAGCCAUAUCCAUGUUCAGAAUGUGGGAAAUGUUUCUCUCGGAGAUCGCAUGUUAUCACCCAUGAAAAGCUUCAUACAGGGGAGAAACCAUAUUCUUGUUCCCAAUGUGGGAAAUGUUUUACCCGUAGAGACAAUCUUUUAAUACACCAGAGGUCUCACACGGGGGAAAAGCCAUAUUCAUGUGUGGAUUGUGAAAAAUCUUUUAGCGGCAGAGGCAGUCUUCUUAUACACCAGAGAACGCACACUGGGGAGAAGCCGUAUUCCUGUUUGGAAUGUGGAAGGUGUUUUUCCCAAAAGCGGGAAGUCAUUAGACACCAGAGGACUCACACGGGAGAGAAGCCAUAUAGUUGUCGUGAAUGUGGCAAACUGUUUUCUUUUAAUUCAGAUCUUACGAAGCACAAGAGGGUCCACACGGGGGAGAAGCCGUAUCCGUGUUCGGAGUGCGGGAAACGUUUUUCGCACAAAGGGAAUCUCGUGUCCCACCAGAAGACCCACACGGGGGAGAAACCCUAUUCAUGCUCUGAAUGUGGCAAAUGUUUUUGUCAGAAAAAGGAGCUAAUUAUCCACCAGAGAACUCACACCGGAGAGAGACCAUUUUUCUGUCCUGAAUGUGGGAAGGGUUUUUCUCAGAAAGGAAACCUCAUCACGCAUUCGAAGACCCAUGCCGGGAAGAUACCAUAUUCGAGUCGAGAUGUGGAGAACAUUAAAGAAGAUGUGAUUAAUAAUCAAGUUGAAGUAAAACAUGAAGAAGAGCCACAUGUGAUGGUUGAUGAGCCGUGUAAGGAGGAGGAGAUCCCUCCAGAGAUCAGCCCAGCUGUUACCCUACACACUCUCUGGGGUUUCUCAUACAUCUCAGUACAGGGGGCUUCACUCUCUUCUUUAUUCACAGACCCCGGAGACACCAGAGACCCUCAGAGGGACGUCAAAGCUGAGGAGGAGGAAGAAGGACAUGUGAGGAUUAAAGAGGAGGAAGAUCUUAUGGAGAUCAGCGCAGGUGCAUCAAAUAACCAAAAGCCUCCAGAGAGAUGUCCUGGUCCUCAUAUCUCCCGGGAUUCCAAAGAGGAAAAGGACGAGAUCCCUCAGGAUGAUCAGGAUGAAAGUUUCCUCAAAGUUGAAGUGAAGGACGAAGCAGAAGAGCCAUCUGUGAUGGUUGAUGAUUCAUAUGAGGAGGAGGAAAUCCCUCCAGAGAUCAGCACAGAUGGACGAUAUAGAAGGUAUUGUGCGAAGAAAUAUUCUGGUACUUGUGUAGUUGACGAAAUAGAAGAUGGUGACAUCAUAGAAGACCCUUCAGUACAGAACACCAGUACCCUAAAUUCCCAUCCGACACCUCACAGUACAGAUCCGUCAUCUGGUCCCUCCACGCUUUCCAUCCCCCAUCAUAUCAACGAGAGUGAAUAUUUUUCCCAGGGAGCAGACCUCACCUCGUACCAAAGAGUUCCUCAAAAACAAAAGCCGUUUUCAUGUGCAGAGUGCGGGAAAUGUUUUACCCUUAAACAGCAACUCGUUAGACACCAGAGAACUCAUUCGGCCGAGAAGCCUUUUUCCUGUUCAGAGUGUGGAAAAUGUUUUCCCGAAAAAUGGAUGUUGGCUAAGCAUCAAACAAAUCAUUCCGGGGAGAAGCCAUUUUCAUGUUCGGAAUGCGGGAGAUAUUUUUCUACAAGAAGGAACCUUAUCUCGCAUCAGAUGACGCACACGGGAGAGAGGCCGUUUUCCUGUUCCCAGUGCGGGAAAUGUUUUUCCCAAAAAUCAACUCUGACCACUCACGGGAAAAUUCACACGGGGGUGAAGCCGUAUUCCUGCUCCGAAUGCGGGAAAUGCUUCUCCCACAAAUCGUCUCUUAUCGGACAUGAGAAAGUCCACACUGGAGAGAAGCCGUUUUCAUGUACGGAAUGUGGGAGGUGUUUUUCCCUAAAGUCAAACCUCAUCACACAUGAAAAAGUUCACACGGGGGUGAAGCCGUAUUCGUGUUUGGAGUGCGGGAAAUGGUUUAGCCACAAAUCGUCUCUCGUAAAACAUGAAAAAGUGCACACGGGAGAGAAGCCGUUUUCCUGUUUGGAUUGUGGGAAAGGUUUCAGCGACAGAACCCACCUUAUUUUUCAUCAGAGGGGUCACACGGGGGAGAAGCCUUUCUCAUGUACUGAUUGUGGGAAAAGCUUUGCCCGCAAAUCAGUUCUUAUGGAACACGAAAGGGUUCACAGGGGGGAGAAGUCGUACGUUUAAAUCAUGAUGGAAUUUUUCAUUCUUAACCACUUUGCACUCUUGCAAAAUACGGACACUCGAUUAGUGACCGG